UCGUUGCAUUUCUCUCUUGGCUCUAUCUCGUUCAAGAUGUUCUCCUCUUCAACUCUGAGAUCUCCGGCGAUUACUCUGUCUCCGUUUCCUCUCCGCCCCCUUCGAUCUCCAUCAUCGCUUCCUCUCGCUAGAUCCUCUUUCUCUUCUUCCCAAUUUAGUCGCAUCAAUCUGAAACCCAGACGAGAUUUGGUGGGCGAUUGGGUCGCCAACAACGACGGAAUCGUGCGCAGCUUGCCGAUUUACGUCGGUGGUCUGUCUUUGAUCGCAGUUCUCCUCAACCGCGUCUUUUCCGGCAUCGCUUUUGUCACCGACGCAUCCAGUUCACAAUCCAGAGCGGACAUUCUGGCCCUUUCGCUGGCGGUGAUCAACCUCCUUUCUGGUUUUGUGUGGUUGUCGAUUCGGCCGAAAUCUGUUGCUACGGUCAUUCCUUGUGGCGCGGAGUGUAUGCGUAUGAAUACCGGUAUCGGGCAUCUUGCCGUUCGUGAGUUGCAAUGGGUGUGGGACUCCAUUUCAUCCAGCACUUGUUGUAGAUCCUUGGUGGUGGUUUAUGGAGGCGUUUGCCUUCUCCAAAUUGGGGCUGCAGCGGUAUCCGAAAAUGAUAAUACCGUUGCGAUGGCUGUUGAUGUCCAUGAUCUGCUUAAAGGAUCGCUUUGCAAGAAUGUGAUGUCAUCUGGAAAGCAGAGCUAUUUGGCAAACCUUUCUCUUUAUCCAGGAAGGUCUGAGCUGUCCUUCUUUCCAAGUAAUACCCAGUCAGUCAUUUUACAACCGCUUGGAGAUAGAGGAAUUAUUAUCAUUGGUGGUGAUACCAUAAGAGGCUUCAACAAUAUUGAUCAGGCAUGGAUAAGUCUUUUGGCGGAAAAGUUGGAUGCUAGAUUGUCGAACUCUUGAGGAAGAGGAGGAACAGCAAGAAAAAAAUUUCUCAUGCCAAUUGUGUUCUAGUGGCAGCCGCAGUCAGCAGUCUACUAGAAGUUCACAAUUAAAUUAAAUAUGUCAAGGGGAUUAUAAACGCAUGAACCCAUUUGGUCCUGCUUGCAUUGGGGAUAUGGUAGUGGCCACGAUCAAGUCAAGAAAAAGAUGAGGCUGCAUUAAUUGAGGCUUUUCAAAGAAGAAGAGAGUAUUUGUUUCUUAAAGGUAUCUGUCCAUGAAUGAAAUGCAUGUUUGGCAUUGGUUGUUCUGCCUCACCUUGAGAGUGUCUUGGACUUCAUCCAUGGUAUAUUCUCAUAUUCGAUCUUCCAUGGCUGUCAUAUUCGAUCUUCCAGGGCUGUGUUUUAGUCUCUAGAAAGAUGAGUUGUCAAAGAAAAAAAAAUAUGUUUCUCAAAGCUUCAAAACGUGCCAUUUUGAAGAGGUUGGUGUCGAGGAGAAGACGUAGAAGUUUAUUGAAGGUGGCGCAAUGAAGAAUGAAGUUACAUGGAAGCAUUUGGUUGGAGUAGAGAGACGAUGAAGGUUGGUGGAAGAUGAAGCAAAAGACAUCGAGGUAGGUCAUCAAGGACAACAAAAUCAUUGCUAGCAACGUUUACACUUGCCAUGAUUGGGAUAUAUAGUCCUUUCUGCACCAUCAACUCAUCGCCUUGCUUGUAUAUCUCCAUUGAGUCACAGUAGGCGUUUGGCCUAGUUCAGAUAGAUGGAGGGAAAAUGUAGUAAAAUGUCGUUAGGUGAUUCCAAUUCUUCUCCUCACUUCCAACUCUUCCUAAUUCUCAACUAAAUAAAUUUCUUUCUUAUCCUUGAGGAUUAUAUUAUUAUUUUUAUCUAUUUCCUGAUUUUAUUUAA